UUUCCUUCUCAUUUUUUCGCGCUCCUCUGGUUCAUUUCUCCACCAUUUUUGCAUCUUCAAAUUCUCUCCUCCACCAUUUUUCUCAAUUGUUCUGUAAUUUUGGGAUUUGGAAAAAAGAGUUCGCCCACUACAAUGGCUGGGUUAAACACAUUUUCUGUGGGAUCUGGUUCUUCAUCAAAUUCAAAGGGAGGAAUUUUACCGUCGUUGAUACGUGAGUGCGGAAAUGUAGCUGUUGUGCGUACUGUUAAGCGCGGCCCUAAUGUUGGAAUGAAGUUUCACGGCUGUCCUUUAUGGCCGGAUACGAAGUGUGAAUUUUUCAGGUGGAUUCUUCCUGAUAGCAAUGCAGUUGACAACCUUCAAGUUCAUGUUUUGGAAGCUAAUACGACUAUAGCUGAGAUGGAGUAUGAGAAAAAGUUGCUGGAGGAAAAGAUAAGGAAAUUGCAGAUUAAAAAGGAAAAUCUAGAGGAAGAUGCACAUGAAAUGAAGAACGAACUUUGCGAAAUGCGUAUUGAGUUGAUGAAGAGUUCAAGGAACGAAAGGAAUUGUACAAUGGCUCUGUAUUUAUCAUGGGUGAUUUUUGCCCUUGUUGUAUUUUGGUUGAAGUAGAUGACAAUAAGUUGAUAUUUUCCCUUGUUGUAUUUUGGUUG